AUGAAAAUAAGAAUUCCUUUUGCUGUUUCGUUUGUCUUCCUCUUGGCGCUAGCUGCGUACCUUGGCCUUGCGGACCUCCACUACAUCCACGACAAGGUGCUCCACUUUGUCAUGUUCUUUCUCUGCACGGCCAACUUCUACUGGAUUUUUGAUACCCGCUCUGUGAAGCUCUUGUUCAAGCUCACGUUCGGGCUCUGCACCGUCGCCGCCAGCAUCGGCUCGGAGUUCGCUCAGCAUCUCAUCAACCCGAAACGGGUUUUUGAUUUAUGGGACAUUGCUGCAAAUGUUAGCGGCAGCAUUUUGGCGCUUCUGGGAAGCGUCUACUACCACAUAAUUCUCUUACAGCAGCUGAAGCGGGCAAGAUAUCUGGCCCUUGCCCAGCCCACUGAGUUGCAAGAUAUAAAUGUGCUGGCUAGCGAUGUAGCGGACUUCGAGAUUCCGAGCGAGGAGGCUUCAAGGGUCCCUACGCGUAGUGCCACUCCGCAAUAA